AGGGAGCGGGUGCGGAGCUUCCGGCGGCUCCAUGGACGCGCCCUGCGCCGCGGCGGCCAAGCCCCCCAGCGGGAGGAAGAUGAAUGCUCGCGCCCCACCGCCCCCGGGGAAGGCGGCCGCCCCGGCCGGGCAGCGGGCGCCGAGCCCCCAGCGCGGGGCGUCCCCCGGGCGCCAGCCCAGCCCGCUGCCCGCCAAGGAGAGCCUGCGGGAGCGGCCGGUGGAGCUCACGGUGGUGCUGCCCGGCGGGCAGGAGACCAGGAGCGUGGUCAGCGGGAGCCAGGCCAUGAUGGACCUCCUGGUGGAACUCUGCCUGCAGAACCACCUGAACCCGUCCCUGCACGCCCUGGAGCUCUGGGCCCCGCAGGCCCCGCAGCCGCUGAGCUUCAAGCCCAACACGCCGGUGGGGAGCCUGAGCGCGCACACGGUGCUCCUGAAGGAGAAGGUGCCGGAGGAGAGGGCCACGCCCGGCCCGCCCAAGGCGCCCCAGAAGUCGGUGCGCCUGGUGGUGAACUACCUGCGCACGCAGAAGGCCGUGGUGCGCGUGAGCCCCGAGGCGCCGCUGCGCAGCCUGCUGCCCGCCAUCUGCGCCAAGUGCGGCGUCAGCCCCGAGCACGUGCUGCUGCUGCGCGACCCCGAGGCCGGCGAGGCGCUGGAGCUGUCCAAGUCGCUGGGCGAGCUGGGCAUCCGCGAGCUGUACGCCUGGGACAACCAGAGAGUUCUUCUGACCAAGACGCAGUCGGAGCCCUCCCUGCGCUGCCGAGAAUCCAUUUGGAAGUCCUCCCUGGGCAACGGCGAGAUGGACAGAGAGAAGAAGAAGUUCCUGGGCUUCUUCAAAGUGAACAAGAGGAGCAACGGCAAGGUGGAGCCGGGCCGGCUGUCGGGGGCGGACAGUGACGAGGACUCGGGAAAGCUGGUGCCGGGCAGGGGCUCCCACGGCUCCCUGACGACGCCAAACUCCCCGUCGGUGACCUCCCGCUCCCUCACGCUGGGCACGUCCCUGUCGCUGAGCAACAUCUCGGGGGUGUCCGCCAGGUCCGACGUGAAGAAGCGCCGGGCGCCGCCCCCUCCAGCCCUGCCGGGGGCCGGGCCGCCGGCGCAGGACAGGGCGGCGGAGAAGAUGUCGCUGGGCUCCCAGUCGGACCUGCAGAGGAAGAAGAGGCGAGCGCCUGCGCCCCCGCCCAGCCCCCAGGUGCCCCUGCGCAGGAGGGACCCCGCGGAGGACUGCGCGGAGGACCGCGAGGAGAACAGGAAGAGCACGAUGGAGCCGAGAGAGCCGCGGCGGCCCCCGAGGCUGAUGGGGGCCUGGCCUUCGCCGGGCAGUGGGAGCGGACCCUGGCCGGCCUGGACGAGGACCUGGAAGGCAUGGACGACAGCUAUGAGACGGACAGCAGCUCCGUCACCGGCUCCCUCGGCAGCGCGUCCGGCCGCCGCCUGCGGGGCGCCCUCCCGGCCGGGGAGGCGGACCCCAUCCCCGUGACCUUCAUCGGGGAGGUCCUGGACGACCCCGAGGACCCGGGCCCGUCCUCCAACCGGAACAGCAACGCCGGGUCCUUCGACCGGGGUAGCGUGGUCGGCCGGGGGGCCUGCCCGCCGCCCGCCCCGGGGGAGGCCCCGCCG